AUGCAGUAUGUUAAAGGUCCCUACGAUGAACUUCAUACCAUCAACAAGACAGCUACACAGUUUGACCAAAGAUUACCGAUGGAGCAUCAUGCCGGUUAUAUUGUUAUCAGCUUUAAAUUAUUACGAGAACAAACUCAGCGUGAAAACUUAGAAAAAUCAUGGCUAAAUUGGUCUGGAGCCAGAGAAAUCUAUAAAUAUUCACCUUCCAAUUGGAAUCUACGUCGGAUAUCGUUACAUCGUAUUUCUAACAUCAGAGACCGGCGGAGAGGUUCAGAUGAUGAUGAAAAAGAAUGUGCCAGAAGCGGUUUAUCCAGUGUCUUUCAUUAUGUAUUACUGUGUGAAUUUAGCAGCAUAUUUCACCCAUCAAAUCGGUUACAAGCUUUAGAUAUGUGUGAACGAUUAAAGGUUCGCAACUGUGGAUACAUAUCGCUAUAUCGGGUUAAACAUUCAUAUUCGUCAACCAGAACGACUGAAGAAACUAUGGUACCAAAAACAACGUCAAGACGUGAAAGAAAUCCCAUGAUAAGAGGUUUUUCACAAGAGGUAGCAAUGCCAGAAGGUGGUACAAGUCCACGUAUACCAAAGUUACGUUUACGAGACCAUUCACUCGGCUAUGACAUUGAUGAAACAUUAGAAAAUGAUCGUAAUUUAAUCUUUGAAGAAUUUGAAUAG